UUAGGAUAUGACAGAUAAGAUCUGAAUUGUAGAGAUAUUUUCAACUUUCAUUUUGUACUUUCGAAAAACUUUGACAUUGUCUCCUCUGUUCCCAUUUGAUAAUUUGGCUCAAACCUUUCAUGAAUCACUACCCCACUUCGCGACACAUUUUCGGACUUGCCAACUGACGAGCACCAAACCGGAUAGGCAACGAUUUGGGCGAAAGAAAUAGCUAAUAAGUUCCCCAAGACGGAGUCUUCGGAUUCAUCGCGGCCCUAUGGGGGUUGAAGCGUGUGCAGUCCCCACAGGGCUGCAGCAGCGAUGGGCAAUUGCUUCCAAACUUGUCUACCGGAGAGCAGAGCUGUGAAAGCCUUUCAAAACUUUAGUAUACUCGACAAUGAAAACAGCGCGGUUGAUUUUUCUUUUCUCGUCGAUGAGAACUCUCCUUAUGCUGAGGAAAAUAAAAGCAGUAGAGGCCUAUUAUCGCGUCUUUUCAAAAAACGGACUAAGAAAAAGAUCUCUGUUCAUUUUUCACGACAGAAACCUGUGCUACAAUUAGUUGACAGCCUGUUGAACCCACAAGUGUCAGCCUACAGUAGACUAUCUGAAUCACAGAGGAAUCCAUCGUCUGGGUCAUGUACUAGUCGUGAUAUACAACUCCAGUGUCUGGAUGCUCGUGCUUUGUUACAACGAACUACAACAUCAACGCCUGCCAGUUCUCUUGAUCUAGAAUGGGAACAUGAAACUCUACCCAUAUCCAUGAUUCAUGAUGCUUCAGGAAGUUCAUGGACUCAACUUCCCGAAGAUGUAUCUCUGUGCCCCAGCAAUUCGAGCCCCCGCCAUUCUGCCAGCGCUGCCCCUCCUAGUGAGUCUGACUGGUCCCGGGUGUCUUCUUCGGAUAACUCUCUGGAAUGGGACAACGUUCACAACUCCAUACACGCAAGUCCACCUUUGUCAGAGGUCGACACCGAUACUCAGUUCCUGCUUUGCGAGAUAGAAAGAUUAACAAACAAAACACUGGAAGAAACGGGCCAAGAGUUGUUCAGCUGAUUCGAAACGAGCUGCUCGAACAAGAUUUUGGUUGGUAUGUCGCGGUUCACUCACAUUUGGUUUUUUAUUCGUUCCUGUCUGGGACUAGAGGUCAGUUGUGUGGUAGCAGAUGGAACUGAUGUUGAAAUUAAAUGGUAACUCAAGCACUGAAAGGGGAAACGAAAUAUCGCCAAAGAAUCAUGAUUCAAUAUCAGAAAAUGUUAAUUGCUGGAAUCCCACACCUGACACCAAAUACUAAUCUUUGUUUUUUAACAGUUUAAAGUGACUUGUAGGUCAGUCUUUACUUAUUUAUUUAUAAUUUAAUGAUUCUUACUGUAUGUUUGCAACAUGUGAUCUAAUAUAACAUUGAAUAGUACAAUUAUGGAGUGGAGCUGAUUAUUCAGCUUCUGAAUUUACAUUCAUUAUGCCUUUUACUUUUUUAACUUGUUGAAAUCAAGGCAAUGGUGAAGCGUGAACAUUAUAACCUUUACCGAGAAUCUAUAUGACAGAAUGAAUGGGGAAUAUUUUGAAAAAUUGAAUACUCUUUUUUCUCAGAGGCAUACUACAUUUUUUUAGCACUGUCGUGAAUUGUCUGGCAGAAUGUAGUGUUUGUAUAUAAGCCAAAAUAUCACCAGACGACUGGCAAACUACAUAUUACUUAUUCCAAAAUGUAUAAGACUGUACUAUCAUUUUUAUUAACGAGAAACGAAGGAUUGAUGAAUGGCUAGAUAUUACGGGGAGUAUGAAGUGUCUUGACUGUUUAAGGAUAUUCGUUAAUGUAAUAAGCAGGCUCCUGGUUGUUAUAUUGCAGAAUUUAAUAUUGUAUUUAAGUGAUAGAAUAUUGCUGUUUUAGAUGAAUUGUGAUUAUAUUAAAUAGUUGAAGUAUUCUUGGUCUGCUGUCAGCGAAAAAACAAAUUGCUCCAAAUAGUAUUCUACAAAGAGAUUCAAAAUUGCAAGUACCGAAACUAUUUGUAUAGUGAUAUCAAUUAGAUACAUCAGGGCUGAAUUUGUAUAACCUUCAUUAUUUAAGCCAGAAUGGUUAUAAAGGGACAUGUUCCACCCAGAAAGGUUGUGGUUGAAUCGUCAAAAGAAAUCAAAUAAAUAACUUGACGUAGAUAAUCUAAAUAUUAGUUUAGAAAGUUUUGUAAAAAUAAUAGUCCCUUUGAAAAUUUUUUUAGCAAUUACAGGUGUUUGGAGAAGCAAAAAAAUGGUGGGACCAAGAUAUUGCUUCUAUAGUGGGGCCUUUAAUGUUUCUAGUUACUAGAGAUCUGCGAGGACGUGAAUCUCCAAAGAACCUGGUGUGGAAUUGCGCAGAAUUCAGGUUCAUUUGUGGUAAUUUGCGAAUGUUUUAACAAUUUAUUUCGUUCCUGCUGAAGGCAUAUAUAUUUGUCUAACAAAGUACAUUGAUUAUUUAUAUUAGCUUUACCACUCGUUAUAUAUGUUGCCGAGAUUUUUCGUUACUUUUAUGACUGUUAUUCUAAUAAUUCGGAUUUUGAUCCGCAGAUAACCUGCAUCUGCUUCGUUACGAUUUUUUAUAACAAGUACAUUUCAUGCAAACAUAUCAAUAAAACUUGAACAAAAC